UGCUAUUAACAAUAAGUUCAGGUUAAAGUUAGAAUUAAGGAUUUUGUAAUCUUGAAAAGAGCAGUGAAGACAUCAUGUUACUUAACCUAAUUUGUUCUGAGAUAGAUCGGUGUAAAUAAUACUUUAUUAAAUAUUUAUUCCAUACCAAUUUGAUACGCGUACUACAUUGACAGUGUAAAAGGGGUCUAUGACAAGCUUCCAAUGUAUUCCCGACUCUUGUUGAAUUUUUGCGAACGAUUUUUAUAUCGUACUUCAAACAGUGUUAGAUCACCGAACAUUAAAACAAUAAGUCAUGUUGCGAAUAAAAGUGAGGAAAAGCGAAAAGAGGAAUUUACCUCCACGAGAUUUCCUGAUUAUGAAGUUAUUUAUGUAUUUCCUUUUAUCAAACAAGCUUGUGGUAUAAAUGUUGUAAAAUACCGAUUUACUAUAUUCACUGGAGUAGUCGCACCAAUAAUUGUUGGACUUCACUUGGCCAACUUCUUACCCUUUGACAUAACUACUGUGUCAUUAACAACUGGAAUUAUAACAACACUAUGGUUGCAUUCUGUUGGAAUUUUAUGCAAUAAUCUCAUAGGAUAUGUAUACUUGAAAUUGGAUGAAGAAAAAGUGAUAUUAUCUUAUAUAGAUUAUUGGGGAAAGAGAAUAGACUUGAAAGUUUCUUGUAAUGAAAUUUACCCCAUGUCAGAUAAUCCGAUCAGUAUUACUGAUCCUUUAUACAGAAAAAUAACGCUGACUUCUCAAAAGGAGAUCUUAAAAAUAAAUAUGAAGCUAGGACAAAUAAUUGAUGUUGACAAAUUUAGAUGUAUUCUGGGAAUGGUUUAA